AUGGGAGAUCAACCAGAAAAUGAGGCUUUUGAGAUGGCGAACCGACCAGUAUCACCUCUCAGCGUCGUAACCGAGGAAGACAACCCUGAGUCUGUUGAUACCACUUCAACGGGCACCCCGAAGCCGGAAGAUACUCAGGACGGCACUCAAUCGGUCAGUGAUGGGCUACUAGCACCAAGCCGAGAGGACAAGAUCGCAGAAGGAGACGCCGCAACAGUACACACGGGCUGUCCCCUCAAAAGACAUGUCCUAUACUCCCUUAUAACAGUUGCGUUCAUUGGCUCAGUUUCUCUCGUCGGUGGUUGCUGGCUCAUCGCACAUAUCCAGGCCAAGACAGACAAGCGCUAUAUAGCAGCCGUCAUUGUUGGAGGCAAGCUCUCAUCAACCGAAGCCAAGCUCAUUGACGCGUCCUUCUCCAUUCUGGUGGCGCCAGCCGUGGUCGCGGUCGCCAAUUGGCAUAUGUUCAAGCUUGCUCGUCUUUCUGCUGUCAACGAGCACAGCGGAAGAAACUCAGCUGUGAGCAUGAAGGUGCUUGUUGAAGUUGCCAGCACAGACUGGGGCUCCUUCAGCCCCCUCAAGUUCUGGACUUUUGUCCGUUCAAGAAGGCCCCGCGUCAUUUGCCUGGGAAUUAUCGCUGUUCUCUCAGCUUUGAGUUUCUCUUUGCUUGGUAAUUCCGUGGCAUAUCAACAGGCCGGAGUAGAUACAUCUACGCAGGUGCUUGAGUAUCUGCAUGACACACAUUCAGUGCUGCCCGGAGGUUCACAACCAAUACCUCUGGACGACCAGUCGAUCCAGCAACAGGUUUCAGCAAGACUUCAGGAUAGGCUUUCACGCCUACAACAAGGAAUAUUCGAUCGACAGAGCUGGGACCUAGAAACUCUUGCUGAUGCUUUCCUAUGGUACGAAAUGGAGUCCCGUCAAGUACUCCUUGACAAUGACCAAGCUGGAAGGGCUGAGAGAUAUCAAGUCCAGUCCAAUAUUGAUGAAUAUGCAAUGACAUUUAUUCCAUGGAUUCUCCUGUCUGGACUUGGCACAUUGGGAGUGGCAUGCGUGUUGACGAUUGGGAUUGCGCUCGAUUCUUGGAAGGCAUUUGAAGAGUGCUCAACCUGGCGCACCACAAGGCUGAACAAGUGUGCUGAUGAGGCUCGGUUCCAGUAUGAGGCCGACGCCCGACUGGAUAGUGCAACUGGUCUUUAUACUCUAGGAAUCCGCCUUCGGCAAAUUUCGCGACCACAUGACUGA